GUUGAAUGCAUCAGCGGCCGAGAUCCGACGGCAUCGGAAUAGGAAGAGAUCGGCCCCUGGAACGAAACAACACCGAUUCGUGUCCCCGUCUAAUCCCUCUGCCGCCCCCUGCUCGUCCCCGGAGGCACACCACCGCCGCACCGUCCGCCGGAGGAAAGAUUUGUUUAGUGAGCUUAAGCUGGUGGAAAUUUGCCUAGUCACGUGUCAUAUUUAGCGUCUGCUUAGUGAUGAACAACUCUCACGGUCAGCCAUUACCUCCUGGUGUUGGAACCUGGCAACCUCCACCUUCAAACCAUCCUUCACAAUUUCAGCCUAGUCCACGUCCACAUGCUUACCCAACACCAUAUGACACCAGACCCAAUGGUGGCAACAAUCAGAAUACAGCAAAUGUCUUCUAUGCAACACAACCUUUUCAUCCUAGUCCACAUCCACAUGCUUAUCCAGCACCAUACGACACCAGACCCAAUAAUGGCAGCAAUCAAGAUACAUCAAACCUCUUCUAUGCUACACAGCCUAACACGCCUUUACUUCCUGCUCAGAGUACCCCUAAUGCACCCACAGAUCCUGGGAAUUGGCAGGCCCAUCAGACUGCUCAUGAGGUUGCCAACCAUAAUGGUAGUGCAGCAAACAUCGAAUCUGCUGUCCAAGAGGCUGUUCUCCAUGAACAGGACAUUGAGACGCAGCAAGUCAUACAAAAUCAAAGACAAGCAAAUGCAACAAGCGAGCCUGCAGAAUAUGGGGAAGACAUGCUUUUGAGCCGGCGUGAUCCUAAUGCACUGAAGGAACACUUGCUAAAGAUGACGGUUGACCAUCGUGCGGAGAUGGCAAACAAAAGGGGAAAGUCACUUCAGCAUGAUAACGGCAAUGUUGAAAUUGGCAAUGGCUAUGGUGUACCAGGAGGUGGUGCUUAUCACGCUGGAAGCUUUUCAAGUGCUCAAAUGAAUAAACCAAAAGAUGGUGCUGAUGAUCUUCCCGAGUUUUUGAAGCAGAGGUUAAAAGCAAGGGGAAUUCUUAAAGACAAGGCAGCAAAUGAUAAUAGCGCAGCUAAACAAAAGGCAGAUUCUCAGGAAGGCCACAACAUAUCUGCCCAAGAGUUACCUCCUGGUUGGGUCGAGGCGAAAGAUCCAACUACUGGUGCUUCUUAUUUCUAUAACCAAAGCACUGGAGUGACCCAAUGGGAUCGCCCUGGUGGUGCUGUGAAUCCUGUGCAGCAUCAAGCUGCUCCAUCAUUGCCAGAGAAUUGGGAGGAGGCACUUGACAAAUCAACAGGCCAGAAAUACUACUAUAAUACAAAGACACAUGCAACACAGUGGGAACCACCUACUUCUGUACAACCAGGUGUUGUGCCACAUGCAUCCACCGAUGUUGCAGUUCAGCCGACUGCCCAAAAUGCUGAUCUUUGCAACCCUCACAUGCAAAGAUGUUCAGGCUGUGGUGGAUGGGGAAUUGGUCUUGUCCAGCCAUGGGGAUAUUGCAAUCACUGCACAAGGGUUCAAAAUCUGCCUUUUCAACAGUAUCCAUCUUACUCGAACAAUAUCGUGCAGUCAAGUGGCACCAAUGCUCCCAAAAUUCAAGGAAAUGUUGCAACUAAGGACAGAUCAAGCACAAAACCUCCUUCUGGAAAGGCAAACAAAAAGGAUAACCGCAAAAGAAAUCACGCCGAGGAUGAUGAGCUUGACCCAAUGGAUCCAAGCUCUUACUCAGAUGCUCCACGGGGUGGCUGGGUUGUCGGCUUGAAGGGUGUACAACCACGAGCAGCGGAUACAACUGCAUCUGGGCCUUUGUUCCAACAAAGACCAUAUCCCUCACCUGGUGCCGUGCUGAGGAAAAAUGCGGAGGUAGCAUCCAAUGGCAAGAAGCGUGGUGGCAUGGCUGCAAUCAGUAAAAGAGGGGAUGGCAGUGACGGGCUUGGGGAGGCAGAUUAAGCUUCUCAGUGAACUUCCUUUGCAGCCAGUAAAUCUAGUGGUUUUGAUAUUGGAAUUUGCUGAAACAUCGACAUAUGGGCGACUACAAAGAAGCAACCUAGCAGCUGGAAAAUUUACCAGGAACAAGUCCAGUGCAGGAGAGGCUAGUGCUGUCUGAGUUCACUGAGUUUAUUCUUGCCUUAUCAGCUCAGCGUAUUACCUAACACAUUGUGGCCUUGGCAUGACAUACCUGAAAUAUGUGUGUUUAUUUAUACUGGAAAGUGGUGGUACUCUGUAAGGUGAACAAUUCAGCUUAUGUAAUGUGGGUAUGAACAAUUCUUUAUCUAGGUUGACAAGGUCAGACUUACUGAUGUAUGACAUUUCAUGUUUGUACAUUUGCUGAAUUAUCUUGUUGAGUCAGGUGUUCAUUUGCUGAUAA